CCCCGCCCCUGUUGCAGCUGCUGCGAGCGUCCCCACCUCGCCCAGCCCUUUCUGCACUGUCAUCUCCUGCCCUGCCUCGGCUUAACCCGGGAGUGGGGCCGUUCCAAAGGCUUCGGACCACCAUCCCGACUCCACCCAAGAGGGAGGGAGGGGAAAGAGAUUGGGCAGAAUCCGCGCCUCACUACCGACAGCGGUGCUCACAGGUCUGUGAGCCCCGCCCUUCCGCAGGACUGAGGCUCCGGAACCCAGUGGAGGGCAGCCCUGCACCAUGGGUAACGCACAGGAGCGGCCGUCGGAGACCAUCGACAGGGAGCGGAAACGCCUGGUAGAAACAUUGCAGGCGGACUCUGGGGUGCUGCUGGACGCACUGGUGGCGAGGGGUGUGCUCACUGGGCCUGAGUACGAGGCUUUGGAUGCGCUUCCUGAUGCGGAGCGCAGGGUGCGCCGCCUGCUGCUGCUGGUGCAGAGCAAGGGCGAGGCAGCCUGCCAGGAGCUACUGCACUGUGCCCAGCGAACUGUGCGCAUGCCCGACCCAGCCUGGGACUGGCAGCACGUGGGGCCUGGCUACCGGGACCGCAGCUAUGACCCUCCAUGCCCAGGCCACUGGACACCCGAGGCACCCAGUUCAGGGCGUGGAUGUCCUGGGCUCCCCAGAACUUCAGAUCAAGAGGAGGCCGGGGGCCCUGAGGGCUCCGAGGCAAUGCAAUCCCGAACUCCAGAGGAGCCAGAGCCAGGGUUAGAAGUUGAGGCCUUUGAAGGGGCUGAACCAGAGGAGCCAGAACUCCAAAUGGAUCCAGAACCAGAGCCGGAUCCAGAGCCAGAGCCAGAACGAGAGCCCGAAUUAGAACCAGAGUCUGAGCCAGAGCCAGAGCCGGAGCCUGACUUCCAAGAAGAGGAUGAAUCGGAAGAUUCUUGAAGGCCAGAGUCCUGACAUACCCAUAUCCUGCCCAAGCUGGAUAAAACCUGAGAACCAACCAGAGCUUGAUCCAAUGCACCAAGACUCCACCUGGCCUGCUGCAAAAUGAAUAAACUCUGGAGGGUCUGCCUGGGCCUGACUCUCCAUAAAUCUGGCUAUUUACCCAAGAACUGCGGAUGGGUUCA